AUGGCAGGAGGGUUGGUUGAAGGAGCUGUUCUUGGAGCAGUAUUUCAAGAAGGGACAAAACCAAUCACAAACCAGAUAUCCAAAGCUUGGAAUUUCAGAAAAACACGCAAAAACCUCGCCUCUCUUGUGCAUCGCAUCAUGCCAGCAGCCAAACAAAUGAAACUGUUGGAUGAGAAAUUGGUUCGUCCAACAGAAGAAACUGAUAGGCUAAUACAAGAGAUUGAACAAGGGAGAGAAUCAGUUAACAAACUCUCCAACGUCCCUUGGUGGAAAUGUUGUUGUUUACCUUGUUAUCAAGGAGAGCUUCAUGAUGAGGAAGAGAAAAUUGCUAGAUCAAGUAGUCUUGUUACCCCGUUUACUAUGGCAAGAGAUGUUAAAGAGACACUGUCCAUAGUGACAGAUAUCAAGGGGAGACAAUUCAACAGGUUAUGUGAUGCUCCUGUUAAACCUCAUUUCACUAUUGGGCUGGAUUUUCCUUUGAAUCAGUUGAAGAAUUGGCUGCUCAGUAAAGACAGGUCUGUACGCGUGUUAACCGGCUUGGCUGGUUCCGGGAAGACCACUUUAGCUUCGUUGCUGUGUUGGGAUCAACAAGUCAGAGGUAAAUUUGGACAAAACAUUUUGUUCUUCACUGUGUCAAAAACUCCAAAUUUGAAGAAUAUUGUGCAGAAUUUGUUUCAACAUUGUGGACAUGAUGAGCCUUGCUUCGUAGACGAUGAUGAUGCAGUCAAAAACUUGUCAAAUUUGCUAACCGAAAUUGGGGAAAGUUGUCCAUUGAUGAUGGUUCUUGAUAAUGUUCCCCCAGGCUUAGAAUCCUUUGUUGAGGCAUUUCAGGUUCAAGUUCCGGAUUGUAAAAUUUUGAUAACUUCUAGAGUUGAGUUUCCACGGUUUGAAACAACAUCCUUAAGGCCACUUAGCCUUGUCGACGCGAUUACCCUUUUCAGUCGCUUUGCACUGCCAAAUGAUGGGAAAAGAGGAACUUAUGUUCCUGAUGAAGAAUAUCUUCAAGAGAUAGCAAAGGGUUGUUGGGGUUCUCCACUGGCCCUUAAAUUGAUUGGUGGAUCACUAUGUGGGCAACCUAUUGCGGUGUGGAAAAAAAUGGUGAGCUUGUUGUCAAGAGGUCGUUCUAUUGUUUUUUCGAAUAAUGAUUUGCUUAGUCGCCUUCAAAAAGUUUUGGAGGAAGCACUGGAAGAUAAUCACAUAAUCAAGGAGUGCUUCAUGGACCUUGGAUUAUUUUUUGAAGACAAAAAAAUACCUGUUGCUGCUCUCAUUGACAUGUGGACAGAACUGAACAACCUAGACGACGACAACAUAGAUGGAAUGAACAUUGUUCAUGAUUUAGACAACCUGCAUUUGGUUAAUCUUGUAGUUGCAAGGGAAGUGACUAGUCACGUUGACAAUUACUACAACCACCAUUUUCUUACACAGCAUGACCUUCUUAAAGAGAUAGCUAUCCAUCAAGCCAGACAGGAACCAUAUGAGCACAGGAAAAGGUUGAUUUUUGACAUGAAGGAAAAUAGUUGGGAUCGACAGAACAAGAAAAAUACCGUUGCUCGCACAUUGUCCAUAUCAACUGACAAAAUGUUGACCCCAGAUUGGAGCAAUAUUGUGAAAGUUGAACGAGUUGAGGUUUCAGUUCCUUCCCUUUGCACAUUGAACAGACUGCGAAAGUUGUCCCUUUAUAAUUGCAAAACAAGACAUGAUUUUCAAAGUGAAACCAUUUCAGUUUCAAAGGUUCUCCCAAAUCUAGAAGAGUUGUGUAUUGAUUAUUGCAAAGAUUUAGUAACACUUCCUGUUGGGCUUUGUUAUAUUACUUCCCUCAAGAAGCUCAGUAUCACAAGGUGCAUUAACUUUCUUGUGCCACCGCAAGAAAUUGGAAACCUCGAGAAUUUGAAAGUAUUAAGACUUAGUUCUUGUGCUGAGUUGGGGGAGAUGCCAGCUUCUAUUGGAAAUCUUCAUGAGCUUCAUUUUCUUGAUAUAUCAGGUUGUGCAAGCCUUCACACUUUACCAGAAGAAAUUGGAAACUUGCAUAAUCUAAAAGAGCUUCACAUGACUAGUUUUUCAACAUUGCCAUGGUCAGUCACAAAACUUGAGAGUUUAAAGUAUUUAAUAUGUGAUCAAGAGACUGCUCAAUGUUGGGAACAUUUCAAGCCUAGCCUUCCCAAUCUAAAAAUAGAAGAGGCUGAAGUUAACUUAUUCAUUAUUGUAUGA